UUGGAUAAUCGUGCUCGACGGAGUUGGCGCCAUUGCAGACGCUGCGUGCUGUCUUCAAAGCGCUCGCCCCGGAAAGACGCACUUGGACGAGUAUUAGCUUUUCAACAAAGGCGCCAUGGCUGACAAAGACGCUGCCUUUGACGAUGCUGUGGAGGAGAGGGUGAUCAAUGAGGAGUACAAGAUCUGGAAGAAGAACACCCCUUUCCUCUACGACCUGGUCAUGACUCAUGCCCUGGAGUGGCCCAGUCUAACUGCUCAGUGGCUGCCAGAUGUUACCAGACCGGAAGGAAAGGAUUACAGUGUACACAGGCUGGUUCUGGGGACACACACCUCAGAUGAGCAGAACCACCUUGUGAUUGCUAGCGUUCAGCUCCCCAAUGAUGAUGCUCAGUUCGAUGCCUCCCACUAUGACAGUGAGAAAGGAGAGUUUGGUGGUUUUGGCUCUGUGAGUGGAAAGAUAGAGAUUGAAAUCAAAAUCAAUCAUGAAGGAGAAGUCAACAGAGCCCGGUACAUGCCCCAAAACCCUUGCAUUAUUGCCACCAAGACCCCAACCAGUGAUGUGCUAGUCUUUGAUUAUACUAAGCACCCGUCCAAGCCAGACCCCUCUGGAGAGUGCACUCCAGACCUUCGCUUGAGAGGUCACCAGAAAGAGGGCUACGGCCUCUCCUGGAAUCCAAACCUAAGCGGCUGCCUCCUCAGUGCUUCGGAUGACCACACCAUCUGCUUGUGGGACAUCAGCACCGUGCCUAAGGAGGGAAAGAUAGUGGAUGCCAAGACUAUCUUUACAGGCCAUACCGCUGUUGUGGAGGAUGUCUCAUGGCACCUGCUCCAUGAGUCACUCUUUGGGUCUGUGGCUGACGACCAGAAACUCAUGAUAUGGGACACUCGAUCCAACAACACAUCCAAGCCCAGUCACGCAGUGGAUGCCCACACUGCUGAGGUCAACUGCUUGUCUUUCAAUCCGUACAGUGAGUUCAUCCUGGCCACUGGCUCCGCAGACAAAACCGUGGCUUUGUGGGACCUGAGAAACUUGAAGCUAAAACUGCACUCUUUUGAGUCUCACAAAGAUGAGAUAUUCCAGGUGCAGUGGUCUCCUCAUAACGAAACCAUCCUGGCCUCCAGCGGCACAGACCGGAGGCUAAACGUGUGGGACCUCAGUAAGAUCGGCGAGGAGCAAUCUCCCGAGGAUGCAGAGGAUGGCCCCCCUGAGCUGCUGUUCAUCCAUGGUGGACACACAGCGAAGAUAUCAGACUUCUCAUGGAACCCCAACGAGCCAUGGGUCAUCUGUUCUGUGUCUGAGGACAACAUCAUGCAAGUGUGGCAAAUGGCUGAAAACAUCUACAAUGAUGAAGAUCCUGAAGGAGUAGCAGAUUCUGAGGUUCAAGCGUGAAUGCAUUCUCAUCUUUUCCUCUGACCUGCUUAUUCAAAUGAUCUCUUUUCAUUGUUGGGUGCAUAAGCACUUCUUUUAAAUCUACAUUUCGGGCAACAGUGUUUUUGGGGAAAAUCAUAACAUGACGUUGUGAUCAGUCUGAAUUGGUUCCAAUUCUUUUAGAUAUGUUAGUUUGUCAUAAUCCAAUUUAUUCAACCCAGAUGUGAUGAAACCGUCAAGAAGUCGGCUGUCAUUCCAAUUCUUUAUUUCAACGAGUUUGUUUUCCCUCAUCUUUUCUGGAAUCGGUUAGUUAAGAUCCACGCAUUUCUACGAAGAUCCAUUUUUAUACAAAUGUACAUACGAAGGUUUCCACUUUAUUUGUGUGAAAGUAGUCAGAAUUUUCUAGCUGUGUUACAUCUUGCAUCCAUUUUUCUUCCCUCUACAUUUUCUGUUCUGUUGUGCUGCAUCUGAGCUCUUGUGUGCUUAUAUUCAUAAUAAAUAUUUGAAGUAAAGUGG